AUGGCAGACACCCAGUCUGUAAAGGGCCAAGGGGUCCCCUUCGAAGACAAAACCGACAUCGAAAAGUCAGGCUCCACAAGCCUAUCUUCAAAACCCGAUGCAACAGACGAGGAAACCAAAUUCCCCACUGGAAUAGCUCUAUGGUCCAUUCUAGGCCCAGUCACAAUCGCAUAUUUCCUCGUCUUCUUAGAUAUGUGUGUCGUAUCUACCGCGACCCCUUCCAUUACUGCCCGAUUCGAUUCUCUGGUCGAUGUAGGCUGGUAUGGUGGUGCGUAUCAGCUUGGGAGCUCUGCUCUUCAGCCCCUUACCGGAAAGAUUUACAGUCACUUUAACAUCAGAUGGUCGUUCCUUGUCUUUUUCUUCAUUUUCGAGGUUGGAUCUGCCAUCUGUGGAGCGGCUACUUCGUCGUCCAUGUUCAUUGUUGGAAGGGCCAUUGCUGGUGCUGGAUCAUCUGGUAUUGGAAACGGUGCUCUUACAAUCAUUUCAGCUGUACUACCACUCCAAAAACAAGCCGGCUUUCUGGGAAUAAACCUUGGAAUUGGUCAGCUCGGAAUCGCUUUAGGCCCUAUUAUUGGCGGUGCAUUCACACAAAGGGUAUCAUGGCGUUGGUGCUUCUAUAUCAACCUCCCCAUCGGCGGUGCCCUCGCAAUCCUACUAUUCCUCUUCAAAAUUCCCGAGCCAACAACCAAGCGCCCUCCCCGCGAAGUCCUCGGCACAGCCGUAAGAUCUCUCGAUCUCCCCGGCUUCAUGCUCAUCAGUCCUGCGGCCGUAAUGUUCCUCCUCGCCCUACAAUACGGCGGUACAAUUCACCCUUGGAACAGCGCAACUGUUAUUGGACUUAUCGUUGGCGCGGCCGCUACAUUCCUCGUUUUCCUUAUUUGGGAAUACAAGCAAGGUGAUGGGGCUAUGGUACCUUUCUCGAUGCUUAGAAAGCGCACUGUUUGGGCCGCGGGUGGAAAUCUCUUUUUUCUUCUUGGGGCUAUUUUGGUUGCGGAGUAUUAUCUUGCUAUUUUCUUUCAGACUGUAUUGGAUAAUACGCCUAUUAUUAGUGGUGUUCAUUUGUUACCGACGACUCUGGGGUUGGUUAUUUUCACGAUGCUUGCUGGGAUGAUGACUGAGAUUUUUGGGUACUAUAUGCCUUGGAACUUGGGAGGAAGUGCCUUUACCGCUAUUGGCUAUGGUCUCAUGUCCAUGAUCAAACCUACGACGUCACCUUCAAAAUGGAUCGGAUACCAAGUUCUCUACGGAGUAGGCAGUGGCGCCAUGAGUUCCGCACCCUACAUCGCAAUCCAAAAUCUCGUCCCACCUCCCCAAAUCCCAAUCGCAAUGGCCAUUAUAAUUUUCUGCCAAAACAUGGGCGGAGCCAUUUGGCUCAUCGCAGCCAACUCAAUCUUCACAAACGGCCUGAAAAAUGAACUAGCCAAACACACCGAUGUGAUCGGAAUUAAUCCAGAUAUCAUCGCCAGCACCGGAGCAACCACCAUUCGAACACUAGUAUCUGGUGAGGCACUUACCGUCGCGCUACAGUGCUACACUACUGCAAUUAGCCAUGUGAUGUACCUUGGUAUUUCCCUUGCGCUUGCUACUUUUGCUUUUGGGUGGGGCUUGGGUUGGGUUGAUAUUAGGAAGGUGAAGAAGGUGCAGGCUAUUACCGCUGAUUCUUCUGAGGAGACGAAGGCUGGGGAGGAUGUUGACUCUGGUGAGAAAGGUACAGCUGUUUAG